CCUCCUUAUUUCGCUUACUUAAGUAGCAAAACAAUGAAGCCUUGCCGCUUUCAUAGAUCUCCGAGCUCUGCCCCCCCUCUCGGCACAUUUCGGCCACGUGAGUUGAUAGCUUCAAUGUCCGUUCGUGCUGAACCUCUAGGCAGUUCAAGAAGGACCUGAGAACCUACCAUAAAUUGCAACCCUCCUCAGCGGUCCGCAUAACGGUAUCAUACUAACCUAAUUCGCCGACUUCCGAGUUCUUUGAAAUCAUGCCACCGAAUCCCCUUCCACCGACUGGAACACCCACAGGCGACCCGCCAGCGACACCAAAACCCCAAGGACCGAAACCUACAGUCGCAACAACCGAAGACCGGACAGCCCGGCAUCAUUCCAGUGCAUCGCCUUCAACCUCGAGGAUUCCAAGGGCUGCUACAAGUUCUUCGCCUUCGCCGGCGGGGAGCUCGAAAAAUAGUACAGCUUCUGCACUGCCGGCGUCAAAGCUGCCGGUGAAGUUGAAGACACCGGUUCGUACAGAGGUUCCGAAAGUGGGCGUAGGUGCGCCGACAAAGAGCCUGCAUACAGCUAGUGGAGCUGGAAAGGCUGUGGCAAGGCCCUCGAAGCUGCCGGUGUCUGUUUCGCCAACUGCAGCACCUGUGGGAACUACUGUAACUGCGACCUCAAUCUCUUGCGGAAUCGCAAGGAACACCAAGAGGCCGUCUGUCUCUGCCGUUCCGAAAACAGAGUCGAAUAACCAGAGGCAGGAGAAUCGGGAGUCAUCCGCCCUCCAGCGGAAGCCGGAGGAUAGACUUACAGAAAUUAAGGAAAAUCUUCGAGAUAUGGCCAUAUCUGCAGCCUCGAGCUCUCGUCUAGCGGUGGGCAU